AAGCUUGUUGAUGUGUUUCGCUUCUAAAAAUAAUACAAAAAACGUACAAGGAGUGACCAACAAAAAAUGCUAAAUUCUUGAUUUUAUUAGGGAAGUCGUACGUUUUGAGUAACCACAGAAAUUAGUAUAAUUUUCAAUGAAUAUGAAUUUUUUUUUUUUCAUUGUUAAGAUUUUACUUCGUAACAUAUUGGACAGCCGAACGCAUUUCGACGACGAACCGCUGACGACACAGAGAGCAUAUCAACGUGGUAGCUGCCUGCGACGGAAAACUUACGAAGCCCACCCCGUUCUUUCUUCCUUCCAUAUCAAGAGGUCACUGAAACGUGCUUCCUAUAUAUAUAGGUUUCGGAAUAUUGCAUUAACGACCUACAUUGACGUCACCUUCGGCAAACUCCGACUAAAAACGUCACUUUCGGACGCUUGAUUAGCGAUCCCACAAUUCCAUUAAAUCCUAUGUCCGCCAUACUGUUAGUGGCUGUACACUGGUUACAUAGCAGUGAGAAGUAGCUCACGGUACAGUAAUCGGAAGAGCCUGUAUAAGUACGCCCCAUGCAGCAUUCCCCAUUUGAAGUUAAGAAGAAAUUAUUGAAAGCGUUAGACAAGGAUAACAAUGUGGUGGACAUGGUUGGUGUCACUGAGGUCAUAUCGAUUCUUGAGAAAACUCCGAUUACAAAGGACGAACUAGAGCAAACAAGACUAGGAAAGUAUGUCAAUGAACUUCGAAAAAAGACUUCAGAUGAGCAACUUGCGAGAAGAGCAAAGGCACUGAUUAAGUCGUGGUUGAAGCUUCUGAACCAGUCGGCUAACGUAUCAUCUAAUGACGAGAGGAUAGCAUGUACACCACCAGUCAGUAUAGCCUCGGGUCCCGGACCUGGGUCGGGGCCCGGUGGGGGUCCAGCAUUGCUCAAUUCCUGUACAAAUCUUUCGGUGGUUUCAUCUUGCCUUAAACAGAACAGCCCAGCUUUGAAUUCGGAACGUGUUGCUAGUCCACUCUGCUCUAGUGGGUCCAACAGUCCCGUAUUGCCCGUCAGGCAUCACAACAUCCAGACUGCUCAUUCAAACUAUGCUCCACUAACAAAAAAGGUUGGUGUUUUGAGUCGAGGUCAGAUAUUAUCACCCAAAACUGUUAGUCGAAAUGGAAGUGUGGCGUCACCUUCAUUCAGUCAAGUUUUCAAGCCUGUUAGUCCAGCAUUAUUAGCUGUUCGUAAUGCAACAACAUGUAGGGCUGGCCUUACAAACAAAUGUUCCGUCACUGUAGCUUGUCCAAGACCUCAUAGUCCUGCAUAUGGUGAGAAAUGCUCACUAAGUUCACAGGUAUCUUCUCAUUCAAGUAAAUCACUUCCAGCUUCUUUAUAUUCAGGCAUGAGAAGCAAACCUACAACUCCCCCUAGUGUUUUAGUAAGUACUUCCCAUUGGGACCUUGAUAUAGCCAGAACCAAUGCAGCCAACAAACGAUUAAGAAAGGAUGAUUCUAACAUCCCCUCCAAAAAAAGUGUUAUGUCAGAUAGUGCCAGCUGCUCUAAUGAUAAAACUGCCUUGGUGAACGGUCUUGAUUCCACUUCAGAACCAGCCCAGACAUUUUUCCACAGUAGACAGUCUCCUUUUGAAAGUUUUAAGUCAUGCAGAGACACGUCUGGUUCUCCUUCUCUCCCUGGAAAACCUAAAUUAGAAAAAAUGCCAAAAAGAAAAGGGAAACAAAAUGAAAGUAGGGAUAUUUUAAAAGAGAAGUUUUCAGCUGCAGCAUCAACAUCUAGUUCUAAAUUAUCUAAAGUCAAAACUCACCAACAAUUAAUGGAGGAGUUCAAGGCUAAAAAAGGAGCCACCCUACCCAAUAAACUUGUUACUACCAGUGUAAGUGGUAGCUUGUGUGAUGCGGGAAAUCCCAAUAAUUUUCCAGGUAAACCUGGGAAUUAUGCCUUGUUAGGCUGUGAUGCUGAAACCUGGCAAACCAAGUCAGAACUCAUGGUCAGGUUUCUGAAGUCCUCCAUUAGCCCAGAAGAAGAAGAAGCGGGAGUUAACAACAGUCCUUUGUACCAUAAGUCUGGUCUGGAAUCUCCUGUGAACGAGUACUCCAACGUCACAAGGACUCCACCAUGUCACGAACCUUUCAUCAAUACUUGUGACCCCGUGGACUUGGAAAUAAAGAACAUUAUGUCCACACUACCUGUUCUAGAGCCAAAUAACAUAAACUGGGACGAAGAUGAGUAUGUAGUGAAAGAAAGUGAACCAGUAACAGAUGAGCAUGUAGAUCGUCUUUCAUCAGAUCAGUGGGAUUGUGUUAAUGGAAAUUAUGAUUACAAUGAUAGGUGGAGGAAUUGGAAGGAUGUGACCAUAAACAAAUCAUAUAAUGAUGAUUUGUUAAAUAUAUUGCCUUAUGUAAAUAUUAGUUGGUGAAUAGGAUGUUACUAAGAAAAUAAGUGAAAUUUUCUAAAGAUUAUGCUUCUAUAAAUUUUGAAUGAGAGGUUAGUCUAAAUUAGAAUCUUGUAUACUAAAAAAAAUAAAAUGUACAGUGUUGAGUUCAUGUUAACCUUUGGUUGCCACCUUUUCUUGAGAAAUAAAGCCCGAGGAUCCUUGGUAAGCUUGGAGGGUAUGUGAUGAAUGUGUCUUCAGUUCACCAUGUCUGUAAUAAGUUGAAGAAACAAGUAUUUCGUAGUUCACCCUGAAUAAGUUUUAAGCUAUUAAUGUUUGUAAUUGGAAAGUUUUUAAAACUAUUAAACAGAAUAAAAGAAUAUUUAAUUAG